CGGUUUCUCUCUCCCGCGCAUGCGCACCGGGCCUGCCCGGGAACUCACUUGGACCAUGGGGACGGAGCAGCAGCGGGAAGAGAAGCGGCGCCUGGUUAGAGAGCGGAUUCGGGAUUUCCCGGACUUCCCUUCGCCGGGGAUCCUUUUCCGUGAUAUAACACCUCUCUUGAAAGACCCUCUCGCCUUCAAAGCUGCCAUUGAUUUGCUAGAAGAUUAUAUCAAGGCUUCCCACCCAAAAUUUGAUUAUAUUGCAGGUCUCGAUUCCAGGGGUUUCCUUUUCGGACCUUCUUUGGCCCAGAGGUUUGGAGUUGGGUUUCUGCUGAUCCGGAAAAAAGGAAAGCUCCCGGGUCCCACCGAGUCGGUUUCCUACACUCUGGAAUACGGCAAGGCCGAGCUUGAAGUCCAGAGCGAUGCCAUCCAGCCAGGUCAGAAGGUCAUCCUCAUCGAUGACCUUCUGGCCACCGGAGGGACGAUGCGGGCGGCCUGUGAGCUGCUGACCAAGCUGAAGGCCGACAUCUUGGACUGCCUGGUGGUCAUUGAGUUGACCUUCCUCAAAGGGGCUGAAGUCCUCAAGCCGUUUCCACUCCAUGCGCUCCUGAAAUACGACUAAAGGGCAAGCGAGAGACCCAGCUUUGCUUUCGUGAAAAGCAAUGGGUAGGAAGAGCUACCUAUUUUUGGCCUUCAUCUCCUAUAGCCAGUCCUGCUAACACGGGGGAUUCUGGUACUUGCAAUAAACAAAGCCGCACUUCCCGAGCUCUGAAUCUCCCCAUGUUAGAUGCUUCAGCUUCUCAGAUUGGAUCAUGAUUCAACCCAACCAGUAAGGAAUUGCUUACAUUCCUUGCUUUCUAGUCUUCUCCAUCAAUGCCAUUUUAACUACUGCUAAUUUAUUAAUUAAUCAUUGCGGACUUUUUUAAAAAUAAAAAAUAGCACUUCAACUCUUGCCAAAA